AGCAAGAGAAGAGGAGUGCGGCUAACCUGAUGGGAGAGCCCAAAGGAGGAGGAGGAGGAGGAGGAGAAGUCAAGCAAUGUUCAUACCUCCUUUAUCUCUCUUUCAUCCCUCAUUUUCAAGUUGUGCAGCAGCCCAGACAGGAAGGAGGCAUUUAUCACAUUUAUCCUGCGCCAUAUCUUGAACAAACACCAAAGCGGAAGCAACACUGUGGGGACAAAUAAUCUGGAUCUUACCAACAAGUUCUUUUGGCUCUACGCUUGGAUGCAAACGUCUUUACCUCAGAGUUGCAGCAUUGACAUGAAGAUCUUCGUUUGUCUUGAGGAUGCUUGGUUCUGAGUUUUGCCCAAUCUUCAUGAGUUAAAAAAAAAAUAUGGACGAGUAGGAGGCUGAUGAAGGACUCUGCAGCAAUUUCUCCAAAAUUGAUCAACAGAGGCUCUGCAACUGCUUGGAGGACAGAGUGUGGCGUGGUUACAUGAUUUAUGAUUUGUAUCUGGAUUAACAGCUGUUUGGACCUUCUUGUGAAAGUUCUUAUCUGCAGCUACGUGUUUUGGAGACCAGUGCAGUGGGAUCGCGAAUCUGUCAGCGGCACAGUUUAAAAAGACUCUUGCCUGUUGUUGACACUUGCAAAUAACAUCUGUGGUGCAUGAUGGCUUUCACACGUCUGGACUGUGUAAAAGCGCAGCAAUCCGCGCCUUUAUUUAUGCUCGCCUGCUCUCAGGAGGAAUGACCUAACAUGGAAACGCUGACUUCUCUGCUCAUCAGCAAAAUAAAUGAAGUCGGAACGGACGCGUCAUUUUUUUCUUUUUUCGUGCGCAAGUUUACUCGGCUGACAUUUUCUCAUAAAUAUCUCCCACUUCCUCUGUUUUCAUCCAAAUGAAACUCCUUUGAAGCAAUCGGAGUGCUUCAGUGCCAAGUAUCAUGACCCUUGCUGGUGCGCACUAGCUCGAUUCCUUCCCUUUCAGCCAAAGCCUUCCUUUUCACAAAGAGGGCCCCUAAAAUCCUGUCAGUCAUGAGUAUCCAGGGUAUGGAACUCUUUGCCAUAGCAGUGGUUAUUAUUCUCUUCGUGGCCGUCCUUAAGCAGUUUGGCAUCCUGGAGCCCAUGUCUCUGGAAGACAGCAGCGACAGCGACUUGGAGCUGGCCACUGUCAGGCACCAACCCGAGGGCCUGGAGCAGCUGCAGGCUCAGACCAAGUUCACCCGCAAGGAGCUGCAGUCGCUCUACAGGGGCUUCAAAAACGAAUGCCCGAGUGGCCUGGUCGAUGAGGAAACUUUCAAGACCAUCUACUCGCAGUUUUUUCCCCAAGGAGAUGCCACCACAUAUGCUCACUUCCUGUUUAAUGCUUUUGAUCUGGACAGAAAUGGCUCCAUUCGCUUUGAGGAUUUCGUGAUCGGACUUUCUGUGCUCCUGAGAGGCUCCGUGACAGAAAAACUGAACUGGGCCUUCAACCUUUACGACAUCAACAAAGAUGGCUACAUCACCAAAGAGGAAAUGCUGCUGAUCAUGAAGUCUAUCUAUGAUAUGAUGGGCAGAUACACUUACCCCAGCGUACGAGACGAAGCGCCGUCUGAACAUGUGGAGAAGUUCUUUCAGAAAAUGGACAGAAAUCAAGAUGGCGUGGUGACGAUCGAGGAGUUCAUCGAGACGUGUCAGAAGGAUGAAAACAUCAUGAGCUCCAUGCAACUCUUUGAGAAUGUGAUAUAGAGAUAUAAUAAAGCAGGUCACUACAGAUACAACAAACUCCUGAGGACAACAAUAAAAAAAAAAGAAGAAGAAAAAAAACACUCCUCCAUUAUCCACAUCUCCUCACACGAAGCCAGGAGCACAGCGUCUGGCACUCUAAUCUGAUCAAGACAACACA